CUCAAAUAACAAUUUUAUCCUUCAUUCAAAAAGAAACAUGGGAGUUUCCCUUUUUUCAUCACUGAAAUUCCCAUUGAUCUUUUUAUCAUUGAUCAAUUUUUGUACAUUUGAGCUUGCAUUGGCAGGCAUAACCAGACACUACCAUUUUGAUAUAAGGUACCAAAAUGUGACAAGGCUGUGCCAUAGCAAGAGCAUGGUGACAGUGAAUGGUCAAUUUCCAGGACCUCGCAUUGUAGCUCGGGAAGGAGACCGUCUUAUAAUCAAAGUGGUUAACCAUGUGCAAAACAACAUUUCCAUUCAUUGGCAUGGCAUUAGACAACUUCAAUCAGGAUGGGCUGAUGGGCCAGCAUAUGUGACUCAAUGCCCCAUCCAAACAGAUCAAAGCUAUGUUUACAAUUACACAAUUAAAGGCCAAAGAGGAACACUCUUUUGGCAUGCUCAUAUAUCUUGGUUAAGAUCAACACUCUAUGGUCCACUCAUCAUACUUCCAAAGAAAAAUGAUCAAUAUCCUUUUGCUAAACCCCACAAGGAAGUUCUUAUCUUAUUUGGUGAAUGGUUCAAUGCAGAUCCUGAGGCAAUCAUAGCACAAGCUCUCCAAACUGGUGGAGGACCAAAUGUCUCUGAUGCAUACACAAUUAAUGGACUUCCAGGGCCAUUGUAUAAUUGUUCUGCUAAUGAUACAUUCAAACUAAAGGUGAAGCCUGGAAAAACCUACCUUCUACGUUUGAUCAACGCUGCGCUGAAUGAUGAGUUGUUCUUCAGCAUUGCAAAUCAUACCCUCAAAGUUGUUGAAGCAGAUGCUAUUUAUGUUAAACCUUUUGAGACAAACACCAUCUAUAUUGCCCCUGGCCAAACCACUAAUGUUCUUCUCAAUACCAAGUCACACUAUCCCAAUGCGGCAUUCUUAAUGACUGCUAGACCCUAUGCCGCUGGCCCUGGACCUUUUGACAACACAACGGUCGCUGCUAUCCUUGAAUAUGAAAUCCCACCAAAUACUCAUCAUUCAGCUUCUUCACUAAAAAAGCAUCCUCUAUUCAAACCUAUUCUUCCUGCAUUUAAUGAUACAUCCUUUGCAACAAAGUUCUCCAACAAACUCCGUAGCCUAGCAAGUGCACAGUUUCCAGCUAAUGUUCCCAAGAAAAUCGAUAAACACUUUUUCUUCACAGUAGGCAUUGGUACUAACCCUUGUCAAAGCAACCAAACUUGUCAGGGACUCAAUGGAACAAUGUUUGUGGCAUCAAUGAACAAUGUAUCUUUCACAAUGCCAACUACAGCACUUCUUCAAUCCCAUUUCUUUGGACAAAACAAUGGAAUUUACACCACUGAUUUCCCAAGUAAACCUUUGAAUCCAUUCAACUAUACCGGCACGCCACCGAAUAACACUAUGGUGAGUAAUGGAACAAAGGUUGUUGUUCUUCCUUUUAACACAAGUGUGGAACUUGUGAUGCAAGACACUAGUAUUCUUGGUGCCGAAAGUCACCCUCUCCAUUUGCAUGGCUUUAACUUCUUUGUUGUUGGACAAGGAUUUGGUAACUACGAUUCAAAUAAGGAUCCACAAAAAUUUAACCUUGUUGAUCCCGUUGAAAGGAAUACAGUUGGUGUUCCAUCUGGUGGAUGGGUUGCUAUCAGAUUCCUAGCAGAUAAUCCAGGGGUAUGGUUCAUGCAUUGUCAUUUGGAAGUACAUACAAGUUGGGGUCUUAGUAUGGCAUGGAUUGUCUUGGAUGGAAAACUCCCAAAUCAGAAGCUGCUUCCACCACCAGCUGAUCUUCCCAAGUGUUAACUUCAACAAAAAAUGACUUCAUUUGUUACUUUUAUCUUCUUUGUAUGUUAAAAAUUAACUGAACCAUUCUAACAUUAGAAACAUCACUUUGUAAUCCUGGCAAUAAAUCAAGGCAUAAUCUUCAACCUGAUAA